AAAAAAAGUAGUAAAAUGCUUGCAUGUAAAACAUCGAAAUGUAUUUUUAUAGUUGUAAAAUUACACAUUUAUUCAGCACACCGAUUUAUAAAAAAUACUAACACUCAUUACUCCCGAAACGUGUAAUAUUGCUAAAAAAAUUAUGCAAUAUUGCUCUCAAUGUUGUGUACAACAUUCGCUGCCAAUUUUUGUGUAAAAUUACCGAAAAUUCAUGUAGUUGACUUUGACAGUUCUAAUCGUUGAACAGAUGAAGAAAUGUCAUUUGGAAUUUCCACUUGGAGCCAUUUGGAUGUCGUAAGUAGUUUUUCUCCGCUUUGAUUUUUCAAAAUAAAAGAAUUAUCAACUUUUUACAGAUAACAUUUUUGCUGCGAAAGGCAAAUCCGCUUUGUGGCCAACUCUCCUUCCGUGGCCAAGUUGCUGAUGAUCGAGAACGACCCGGUGUAGUAGAGCGGCGCAUUUUCUUCGUGGCCAACAUUCCCGCCGUGGCCAAGAUUCGGAUGAUCACAAACGACCCGGGUGUGGAAGAGGUGCGCAUAGAGAAUUUGCAGCAAAGCUAAAAGACACGUGUCGCCACCUAUGAACAAAUAGCGUAAACCUAUGAUUUUUAGAAAAAAUGUGUUUUUUCCUUCCUUAUCAACAUUUUUGUAAAACUUAUGCCGGAUUCGAAUGAGAAAAAUUAUUUCCAACAAUUUGGUGUAUAACUUUCCAAUAUUUGUUUGAUUUUUCUAUGAGAAAACUGUAAAUUUAGAAAAAGAUAGUAAUUUGGACUAUUUGGCAAGAAAGUCUGUCAAAAAUCAAUAAAAAUUGUUGAAUAUACGUUAACACAUCUGUUAUCAACUAUAUAACUGGUUAUUUCCUGGAUAUAUACAGGGAAACUCAUUUUUUCGUGUUUCAAAACAUGUUUUUUAAAGAAAAAGGUCACAAAUUUUUGCGCGCCCAAAAGUUGAUGUUCAUUAUUUUAAAGCAAAAAUUUUUUCUCGUAUUUUGCAACCAGUUUCAUUAAGAUUGAUGCAGGGAAUCAUGAGAAAUAAGCGAUUUUGUUCUUCAAUACAGCAGAAAGGAAUACAAUUUUUGGCAAGUAACCUCAUUUUGGCGCCACCUACAUUUGAAACACAGUCGCGCUGCAAAACCUCAAUCCUCUCCGUUGGCAACAUUCCUUCUGUGGCCAGAUGCUGAUGAACGAAAACGUCCCGGGAGUGAACGAAGUGCGCAUUCUCGUCGUGGCCAACCUUCCCGCCGCGGCCAAGUUUUUGAUGAUCGAGAACGACCCGAGAGUGGACGAGGUGAACAUCUUCUUCGUGGCCAACCUUCCAUCCGUGGCCAAGUUGCUGAUAAUCGAGAACGACCCGGGUGUGGAUGAGGUGCGCAAUUUCAUCGUGGCCAACCAUCCCGCCGUGGCCAAGAUUCGGAUGAUCACAAACGACCCGGGUGUGGAAGAGGUGCGCAUCCUCUUCGUGGCCAACCUUCCUUCCGUGACCGAGAUGCUGAUGAACGAAAACGUCCCGGGAGUGAACGAGCUCUGGUUCGAUUUUCACCAAUCAACGCCGGGAGUUCGAUUAGCUGCGAUAUUCAGGACUUUUUAUUCCUCGGCCACGAAACAUUCGAUCGAGAGGAAGAUUGGCCGCAAGGAGGAACCACACCCGGUCCUUUUCGAUCAUCAGCACCACGACCACGAAUGGAAGGUUGGCCAGGUAGAAGAUGUUCGCCUCGUCCACACUCGGGCUGUUCGCGAUCAUAUCGUCCACAACCGAGCAUCCACCGGAUGCUGCUCGAAGAAUUUGGGACGUUGCUUGAUUCCGUGGUGGCGCGGAAAAUACUGCGCUGCGUCGAAAAUCUGGCCUGUUUACAUGGUAGAACGACUUUAUUACGAAUAAAUCACAGAUUUUCUGCGCAAUAAAUGAAAUUGAAAAAAAAUCGGUUUGUUUAUGUUUAAAUUGUCAUUUCUAAUAAAAAAUAACCAACUCGAUAUCUAUCCCUGGGGUCAAAAUGGGUUUUGUGUAAUAUCACACUUUUUUCAGAGUACAUUCGUAGAUGUAAUUUUAAGUGAUUUUUUUCACAAAGGUGAUGUGCAUGCUUUUGCAUGCGAUUUUACCAUCGGUUUUUUUUCUGUGUUGUAUACGAAUGCCCUGGACACUAUUUUCCGUGGUUAUAGCGCCACAACUCGCUCUCUGUAACAGUAUUCCUAAUUCCAGUUCACGCUCACCAAGUCGUCAUGGCCUAGUGGUUAGUAUUUUUGCUUACCAAUCCAAAGGAUGAGGGAUCGAACCCCGCCUCGAGUGACUUUGAUUUUUCGUUCAUAUUCAUCAUUUCAAAUUUCUGUGUUCUUAACUUUCUCGUUGGGAGCAGAUGGGAAUCGAACCCAGAACCAUUCACUUACAAAGCGAACACCGUAACCAGUCAGCCAAGGUCGCUCCCUUUUCGUCUGUCCGAGACAGAUUUAUGUCGAAAAAAUCGCAUUUUUUAACUUUUUUCAGAAAUACUAAUACAUGCAGUAAAACCAAUACAUGCAGCUUGUAAGGGAUUUCACGGCGAAUAUUUUUCCUUCCGAGAAAAUGCAAUUUCGACCCUCCAGUUUAAUAAUCUUUAGAACAUUGUAUAAUCGCAUUAUGUUAAAUACCAUCCUGGGCCAAUAUAGCCAAAGAGCAAUUUUGUAACGGUACUCAAAUUGUUGUUUAUUGAACAAUAUUUAGGCCAAUGUAUUGAAACAAAUGUACAAUUUUAUAAAACAAAUUACCAUCAAGUCAUCAUAAACAUCCCUCCCGUCUGCUACAACUCCCCACCACUUGCGCUCCUCUGAUCGGGUAGCAAAUGCCGACCUUAACAUUCGCUCCCAUUCGCUGAAUUUUCGCAU